CGUUUUGGCUCUUAAUAAUUGGAGCUCGGCACAGUGCGUAGCAACAAUGUGUUCCAGGUGGUGUUACCUCCUCGUCGUAUUAUGCGAUGCAGCAAGAUUGUUAAUGGCGAACGAACCGUGUUUGGGUGGUCGAUCGCUGCGAGGAUUGACUGAAUUAUCAGAGCAUGAUCAUACCUCUACAACCACCGUCUCUUGUUGCGACGAAAACGUCUGUCAUGGCGGACUGGCCCUGAAAAAUGAAGACAGGGCAUCGUUUAUUAACAACAACCCCUUUGGCUACUCCAAGCUCAAACACCAAUACGCCCAACUUGUUCAAUCGAAUCAUGGCCACGAUGCAGCCCAACGCCAUAAAAGAUCUAUUAAUGGCGGUCGUUGUGUCGAAAAUAAAAUGGCCUGUCUGCCGAUGGAAGUUCGAUGCUGCUCGGCCAACAUGUCCGUCUUUUUCCCCAUUUCGGCUCUUUCAGCCUUGACGGGAGAACGGGUGCACGUGAUUCAAGCCCCUCCGUUAGUUCUUCAGCCUGUUGUUUUCGGACGAUGUGAAGCAGAACACAGCUCCAUUUUAGAUGCUGAAUGUCAGCAGGAUGUCGUACCGGAAAUGAUGCAUGUCGGUCGAAUAAACUCCGAUUCGAACGAGUUGGAAUUAUCUCGAGAACCGGUCAUGGUGGAGAGCGGCUGCUCGUGUCGGCUCAAUCGCGAGCCUCUUGACAUUAUCGAUGGUACCGACAUUGACGAAACAAUGGCUUCAUUCUUGGAUCUUUGGACCGACUAAAAGUUUUGAACUUUCACGUUGUAAUUCGUUACUUUUUAUUUGGGAGUAAUAUACUGCACGCGUUAUGUUCCAAA